AAAACUGACACAAGAGGAGAGAAGAGAAACAAUAUCCCUGCUCUGCUGCUGCUGCUGCUGCUGUGAAACCACCUGUGGCUCCGACCGACACCUGUAACCUCCACAGUCUCCUCAAAAUGACCAUGAUGCUGAAGCCAUGGACGGUGCUGGUGGCCGUAGCUCUGUGCGUGCUGGUGUGUCUGGGGACGCUGGCAGACGCUUAUCCUCCCAAACCUGAGAAUCCUGGUGAAGACGCUCCACCUGAGGAGCUGGCCAAGUACUACACCGCCCUGAGACACUACAUCAAUCUCAUCACAAGGCAGAGGUACGGGAAGCGUUCAGCUCAGGAGGACGUGGUUGCAGAACUCCUGUUUGGUGCUGACAGCAACAGAGAACAGAGAUCAAGAUACGACGAUUCCUUCAUGUGGUGACUCCCCCGCCCCCUACCUCCUGGUCUGGCAUUCCCUCUGAGUGCGUCCCACGAUGCACCUGGAGGGGCCAAAGCGUGCCUCUUUACCCUCGACCCCCCCCCCCAAUCCAACCCUGACUCACGACCAUCACUGACCAGAAUACAAGCUCUCUCUGUCGUUCCUGUCACUGUCUCACAUCUCACGUAUUGCUACACAUUUACACAUCAUUUAUUAUUCAAGGCAAAAGAAUAUACACAAUAUAUGAGGUUGUGGUAAUAACCUGAAGGUGGAACUGUGUCUGUGUGUGAGCGUUAAUGUCUCCUAUAGUGUCCAUCGCUGUUUAGAGAAGAAAAAGAAAUCUUGUUUUACUGUUGCUCCUGUAAAAACGUGACAUCAGAAUAAAUCACUUCUGUGUGAGUA